AUGCACCCACGCAGCUUCGACAGCUGCAACGCGGGCUGGAUCAACAAAGAUGCCGCGGCCAAGUCAGGUCUAGGACAUGAGCGGUCAGGCACCAUGCAUAUGCCGUACCCCGAUCACCCACAAACACAUUCCACGCUGCAUCGCAGGAGACGAAGAUCAGCUGCCAUCUCUCCCUCGACCGCGAUAUGCGUAUUGCUUGCUGGUAGCAUAUCGACGGUCAUGGCUCAGGGCUGCAUUCCGCUCGCCGAUUCCAAUGCUUGCCGGGCGUUUGGUGUGGCCUCCAUCUCGACGGAUAGCGCGGUGGCGGGUCUAUUUCCUUUCCUUUACUCGGUCGACAGCGUAGCUUCAUUUGAUUCUGGCAUCGCAUCGUACAUCGCGGGCGGCUUUACUGAGCAGCGAUAUCAACAACUAAUAGGCUGCGACAAUGUUCAGCCGGGAAACACCACGGACUUCUACGCCAGAUAUACGACCAGCGUACUUUGCAAUGCCAUUGUACAGAACUCGAUUGACGCCUGCGGUCUGACGGGAGAAGCAACGAGACCACUGUGCGCCAACGACUGCGCCGACUACGCUCUGAGUGAGCAGAAAAUCACAGCAAGCAACGUUUGCGGUACCGCAGGCACGAAUGCCAUGACCCAAAUCCGCGCGGACUUCACCAACUGUGCUUUGCCCGCCAUGUCAAUCACGGGCGACUGCAUCCAGGCCGUAGAUAACCAGCCCAAUGACUGUGGCUAUGACAACAAUCUAGGCGGACUGUGUUCGUAUUGUGCGGCGAGCUCGCCUAACGCGACGGACUCUUGCUGCGUUUUCUCCAACACCACCACUCGCUGCGAAGGUGUCGUUCUGCCAAUUGUCGCCACCGCCUCUCUACAACCCAUCGUCACUUUCACACUGACGGCCAGCGGGUCUGCUGAUACUUCGACUGCAGGGCCCACUGUGGCGUCUUCUGAACACAAGAAAGGCCUCAGUGGCGGAGCCAUUGCAGGAAUCGUCAUCGGGUCCAUUAUCGGUGCGAUAUUCCUCCUAGCAUUGAUCAUCGGCGCCUGCUUGCUGUUUCGAAGACGCUCAAGUCGUAGUCCGGCUACGAGCGUCUUCAACCAGCCUGUUGGUCGACAGCAGCCUGACAUGGAGUUUCACGACGGGUCCAGGGACCAACAUGAAGGGCAAGCCGGAGUUCUAUCUGUGCUUGGAGUCGGCCGCGUUGCACGCAUGUCUGCGCUGGAAGGGACUAGUAGCUCUGAGCGUGCAGCAUAUGGGCUCGGCGGGUACCAGGAAACCUCGGAGGAGAACACGCCAGAUUCCAGGCUCGCGCCACCCACUAAACGCAGCGGAUCAGUCUCGAGCGGCUCGCAACGGAUGGGCAUGGGUGCGCAUAUAAACACCUCGCCCAGCUCCGCUGGCGAGUUCACUUCCCCAGAAUCACGCGGGCAGAGCGAGCAGCUGGAUUUCUUCAAGGACUACUACUCGCAGGAUGAGAUUCGUCCAAGUGAUUUGGUCUCCACUUUGUGGGCCUACGAACCACGGGCCGGAGAUGAAUUUCAGCUUGAACGUGGCGAUAUGAUCAAGGUGCUGGGCAUCUGGGACGAUGGCUGGGCAACAGGAGUGCGAGUCAAACAGAGAGCAGAAGACUGGCGCGACGAGUCCAAGAUCCAGCGGGAUAGUGGAGUCAGUAGUGGUCGGCGAUCUAGACCCACGACCUCUGAUGAGGGUGAAGUCAAGGCUUUCCCGCUGGUAUGCGUCUGUCUACCGCAGCACUGGCGCAAGACCAUUGACGGCGAUUCGACUGAGGGAUCUGGCCCCGGGGCAUUUCCAGACCGCGGCGCCUAA